GGAACAUCCCAAAGGGUCCCUAAAGUGUGACCGCUGCUUGACCUCAUUAGGGUCCCAUCUGGCCAGGACAGUCCACUCCCAACCUUGCCCGAGAAUAGUAUUUUUGAUUGAAACGAAGCCUAAAUUCUCUUGUCACUAUGCCGACGUCGACACAGUUCGCAUACUGGAACAUUCGUGGGCUUGCCCAGCCCAUUCGCUUCCUGUUGGAGUACACUGGGACUGAGUACGAGGAGAAGCGGUAUGAGACCGGACCAGCCCCUGACUAUGACAGGAGUGAGUGGUUGAACGAGAAACAUUCGUUCGGCCUGGACUUUCCAAACCUGCCAUACUACAUCGACGGCGACAUAAAAAUCACUCAGAGCAACGCCAUUCUGAGGUACAUCGCUCGGAAGAACAACCUCUGUGGUGAGACGGAAGAGGAGCGGGUCCGGGUGGACAUCAUGGAGAACCAGUCCAUGGACUUCCGGAACGGCACCGUCAGACUCUCCUACAGCCCCAAAUUCGAAGAGCUGAAGCCAGGAUACCUCAAAGACGUUGUUAAUACCAUCAAGCAGUUUUCCCAGUUCCUGGGGUCUAACCAGUGGUUCGCCGGUGACAAGGUCACAUUUGUGGACUUCCCCAUGUAUGAGCUUCUGGACCAACAUCGUCUAUUAGAACCAACACUAUUGGACGACUUCCAGAACCUCAAGGAUUUCUUGGCGCGGUUCGAGGCGCUGCCAAAGAUCGCAGCAUACAUGAAAUCUGACCGCUUCAUGAGUCGUCCUAUCAACAACAAGAUGGCCAAAUUUGGCGCCGAAUGAGGACGUCCGAGUGAUCGUCUCCUUUGUAUCGUCUCAACCGGACAUAUUAAAGAUUUGCACAUCAUCCCGAUGACCAUGUACUGUGAAUGUCAGAAAUAAAUCUGCGUUGAAAAAAUGGCGUUAAAUCUGCUCAUGUAAUAACUGUUGUUGUGGCCAUAACUUAUACAUUCAAGAUUGUUACCUUAACCGAUACAAAAACAAACUUGUUUUGAGGAGAGGAGAUCGGAUAUAAUAAAUUGCUUCCAUAGCGACAAAGAAAAAACUA